CGAGUUGCGAGUUUUAGAACCCAUACAAGAUCGAAUUACCAGGCUGUUACAUCCUGCAGAUAUCCAUUGGAGGAUCUGAAAACCGUGAGCUCAAACCAGCUACGUCUACCAUUCCUCGAGAAGCGCAUGGCAUAAUGUCAGAUUCCAGAUCCAGUAAAGUUGAAGACUAUCUUAGGGCUUUGAGCCCCCUCUUUACAAGUGCUCUUCCGUGCGCCACCGACGAGUAUGGCCUAUAUAUUCCCAAUCUUGACGCGUUAUCCGUUGCCUUGAGAGACCCUGACAGCCGGGAAGCGCCAUUGCUCAAAGACCGUCUUCCUUCUUUAGUCCAAAUUAUCAACGAAAUUAUGAGCUCUUCCCUGCCUGAUUCUACUACGCACGAGGGCAUCUUGGUUUCUCUCUUUAAGGUCUUGAUCAACCUGACGGCGGACAACAGCCUGAACUCCAACCUUGCGUUUCAGGGCCAGAGGGAGUUUUUAUGGAAAAACAUAUCCAGUAAUUUGCAGAACUACAGUGCUUUGAAUUCAAUCUUGGUAGUUGCUGUUGCAAACGCGAUAAGGAUCUCCCAGAGCGCUUCCGAAGAGGAGUGCCCUCUUUCAUGGAAUUGUGACGAUCUUAUGGAGGUGUUCAGUCCGUUAAUCGUGUAUACGUAUCGAAAGUACCAGGAAAUGGACGUCACGAUUGAGGAUUUGGCUAGUGAGCUAGAAAGUAUUCACCACCUCUCUACGCGGCUUUCCAAUGUCACUUUGAGUUUAUCCGUUGACGACGAAUUGAUGAGCAUGGCUGACGUGUUGUUGAAGGGCAUCGAUCAAGCGAAUGUUAGAGAGGGUAAAUUCAUCGUGGAUGAUGAGGUGUUGAGUGAAAGUUUGCAACAUGUCGCCACUGCCAUCUACACCAUUUCCGCAUAUGAAGCGCUUCAUAGCAUGCAUCCAGCCAGGACUCUCAGCGUGCAGACGACAUUAAUCGAAGCCUGCCGCAAGCUUUCCUUGAUUGAUGCCGAUAGACUUGAGAAUGCGACUUUAAUCAAUAGACUGGUGUUUGCGGCCAUCGGGCUCGUCUCAUCGCUCCCAACCAACACCAAUGAGCCCGAAUUACCGUUAGCAGUUAAUGAAAUUAUCAACGCCGAUGGAAUAGCCACUCCAUACUCUGCAUCGGCUGCCUGUAUUAUUUUGGGGAACUACAUUACAUCGCGGGAGAAACAAGCCUCGUUCUUGAAUGCCACCCUUGGGGCCAACAAAAAUGCUUUCAUGGAUGCGUUGCCUAGACGUUUUGGCGAGUUCAACGACGUGGUGCAGUACCAGGCCCUCCAUUUGAUGCAGUUCUUGAUUGAGGAUGAGAUCCUCUUGGCGAAAAUCUUUGAGCAUAACUGGCAAUCCUUUGUCAAGGCGACCAAGAUUGUCUCGGACAACCGUCAAUACUACCAGUCCAUCGCAUCGCAACUUCUCGCAGUUCUUACUAAGCUUGUGCCAUGCAUUGACAAUGUUUCGUGGGUGGAAGCAUUUGUCACCGAUGUUUUUAACGCGUCGAUCCAUAGUUUGGUGACGGACGAUGCAUUCUCUACUGAAUCUGUGAACCUUGAACAGGCAUUGUUGUCCAAGACUAUUGGCUUGCAGGCGGCCCAGACUCCAUUUUCGGCUGACUUGAUCGUCACAACCCAUGCUUUGAUUAACGAGGUGUUACAGUUGCCAGACACCGGAACGAUCAGCUCAUCCGUGAUUAUGGCCAAGAUUAAGUCCGUGGCCGAGGUCUUACACACUGAUGCCUCGUUGCUACUUACACAUGCCAGCUUAGCUCUGUUCCUAGAAAAAUUGUAUGUUAACAUGCUUGUGGAAGAAAACCCUGUCUCAUCCGACUUACUUCCACCCGAGAAGAAGGCCUUGUACAACAAUUCCAAGUUUAUUGCGGCCAAGGUGUUGCAACAUGUCACCGCAGUGGAGUCCGAAACUGAUGACACUAGGGACUUUGAAGCGUUGAAAGCUGCCGCGAGUCUGGUCUUGAGACUUUAGUUGUAUCCCCACUAAGGUGCACUUCAGACCUGUGGGGUUAUUUGAGUACACCCUUUAUUGAGUUGUAGUUUUUGAGGAUGAAAAUAUACAGGUUAGUGUCAGUAAAUAUUACGAUACUGGGCGAAUCAGACAAUAAAAUAGUAUUGUGAGAUGAA